ACAUUAACGUGCCAGUUGCUCCUGGAGCGUAUAAAUACUCGGCGCGUCGAGGGCAGAGCUUAGUCAUUUCACCGGGCUUAAGAAGGAGAACACCAACUAGAAGGAGAAAUCACAGGAGAAACGAAUCCCAAGUAGUCGUUAGGUUGCGUGCUCGAGCGUUAGGAAAUUUUUGUUUGUUUGCUUGUUUAUCAUAUAGCUAUUUGUAUUUGAUCGUUUUGGAAUGAGCGGAGUCUUUCUGAAGUUGCUCCACGCGGUGGUACUUGGCGCGGUCCUCUCAGCGCCACAGCUCCGCGCCUCGCCGCUCCUGGAGCCGAUCCGCUGCGCCGAGUGCACCGCGGAGCGCGAGGCUGAGUGUCCGCCGGUGGAAGCCGGUUGCACUGAGGUGCUGCGGGAGCCCGGAUGCGGCUGCUGUAUGGCGUGCGCUCUUAAGCGCGGGGACGCGUGCGGCGUCUACAAGGCGCCGUGCGGCUCGGGGCUGCGAUGCCUCCCCGCACCUGGAGAACUGCGGCCGCUGUAUGCGCUCACACGGGGUUAUGGCGUGUGCACUGAGAUCGGGGAGGACGUGCAGACACGCACGCAGCCGGCGUCAGCUCAGCCCGAACUGGAUGGUUAUGGUCGGAGUGAGGCUUCUGCAGGUUCUGAAGCCGGCUCACAGAUCGUCGUGCCGAGCCACAUCAAACCCUACGACCCGUGGCUCCUCAGUGGCGCUCAGGAGAGCAUGAAGUCUAAAGGGGGCAGCUACAGAAGGAAACUGGUCGAGCAGGGUCCUUGCCAUGUGGAAUUAAAAAGAGCUCUUGAAAAGAUUGCUCGAACGCAACAGAAGCUGGAAGAGAAGCUGACAAAGUUCUACCUGCCUAACUGUGAUAAACAAGGCCUGUACAAAUCUAAGCAGUGUGAAUCGUCUCUGGAUGGCCAGAGGGGGAGGUGCUGGUGUGUGACGCCGUGGAAUGGAAAAAAGAUUGCGGGAUUCAGUGAACUUCCCACAGAUGCCGAUUGCCCUCAUGAGCUCAAUCACUGAUCACACAACCACAGACACAUAGAAAUUCAGGAUCGGAGGAAUUCUUCCACUCAUGGACUAUUUCCACAAACAUAUACAUACAGAACAUUAUGCCACUGACUUCUUUUCUAUGUUCUAUUUAUUUAUUGUAGCCUUCAUGUUUUUUUUUAAUGCUGGUACACUGUUGUUUAAAUUAGUGAAUAUUAGUUCACUAAACCCACCAAAAAAGAAAACUAUUCUUUCUUAUUUUUUUUUGUUUCUGAAAGGAUUCUGUAUGAAUAUGUUUAUAUUUACUUUAAUACAUCCAUGUAUAUUUAUUUAAACUGAAUGUAUUCAUAUAAUUAUUCGGGUGAGAAUAUUUAUACCUUUAUGCCUUAUUGUUAUUAUUUUUGUAUGGAGUAAAAUUGUAUAUGUUGAGUGCGUUUUAUUAGUGUCUGUUGUCUUAUUUUCCCAACUGAGUGUUGGUAGGAAUCAAAAUGGAAAAAAGCACUGCAUGACCAAACCACGUUGUCACUGCAUAAAGCGUUCCUUGCAUUUUACGUUGUUACACUGUUGACCUUUUUUGGUCUCAUUUCCUUUAUAUUAUUGCACAAUUAAGUGAAGAAGACUAAAGCUUUCACACUUCUCUACUCUGUUCCGCAGUGCAUGAUGGGUAUUGGUCUUCAUAUCUUCUGAAAUGGGUAACUGCUUGUUCCUACCUCUGUUUUUGAAGAUUUAUUGUAUUUGUGUUAUUUCUGAGAAACCUUGCUUUUUCCAGAGUGGCUUUUCGACCACAGGACCACUUAAGGUUGAGUUCUUAUAUUUGAAGCGUAUACAUUUGUUAUAAUAUGUGUGUGUACAUGCAUACAUAUAAAAUGUGUGUGUGUGUGCCUUUUUAAUAAAUUGUGGGAGAAAAUGA